CACACACACACACACACACACACACACCAAGCAGACAUAAAUGAUUGAGGCCUAAUUUUAGCUACACACUUUAGCAUCAAGGACAGUUUCAACAGUAACAACUUUAAAGGACAAGGACAUUGACUUAAAAUGUAUCAACUGGAGUGUUUGAAGUCGACUUUGUAAUUCUGACAAGUAUCAACUUGAUACUAUCCCAAAGUAUUAAGGACUUAUUCUGGAGGUCUGCAAGUUCAAACAGGACAAAAUGAUUGAGUAAUACCUAGGCUGUGCAGACAUAUGGGGUCAAGAUGUGAAAGACAUGCUUUACUGCCUUUAAAAUGCUUUAAAUUAUAUGCAGCCCAUUUAUUUUUCAUAAUCUGAAAAGGAUACAGAGAAAAACACAAUAUACAUAUGGUUACACAAGAGAAAACCAAACAACAGAAAACAAGUUAGAGUGAUGGGCAGAUACACAUCAGUCAUAAAUGUAAUUUCAUAAAUAACUGUAAUAAUAAAUAACUCAAGUCCAUCAUCUUAUAACAGAUGGGCUGUAUUUGUUAUUAAUAACAACUAUAUUAAAUAGGUUUACAGUUGUUCAAGUCUGUCUCUGUCUACAGUUGUUCAAGUCUGACAGGUUUUUCUUACUGUAAUCAUUCUUCUUGUUCAUACUGGCCAUUAAAAGAUCCCUUCCUAAUGUGCUUCCAGUGCAAAUGAUGGGACACAAAAUCCACAGUCCUUGUUCUGUGCAAAAAUAUGUUCCAGAAUUUAACUGAAGGUGAUAUUUUAAAGUUAAACUCCUUUUAUUAUGAGCAAUCACAACAAUCUGUUAAACAAAGCCAAUAUGUGGAUCCUGAAAUAUUCCUUAGGCCUAAAAAGCAGACACUUUACUGCACAUGGUUGGCUUUUUACAUUCAGAAUCAAGGAGACUUCUAAAAUAAGAUUAUUCUGAAAACCUGUCACUUGGAAUAACAACCUACCCACAUGUGUAAAUGUGUUGCUUCUUCAGACUUACCAAAAUAGGUUUUCAUAUUAGAUGUUCUCUGUGUUGUUUAAUCUAUUUUCAGCUGCCACCUAGUUCACAUUCUGCCUUUCAAACAAGAAAAAAAACAUGUUUUCUAAUAUGUGGGGAAAUAUUGACCUGCAGCAUAAAUGUGUGUUAUUAUGUAAAUUAUUAAGACAAACACCAAUUCUGUAAAACACAUACAUAUUGUCAUAUACAGUAAAUUAACACAAGUUUUAUUUGAUCACGUGUUGGUUAGUUAAUAUCUAUCUAGUUAGUAUAAUCUUUCUGACUGUUCGGAGCUGGUUUAGCCACUUUGGGUCAAAACCUACUGGUUAAAAGAUAGAAAACACACUGUGAACACAACAAGUCACCAAAUUCACUGAUGUAUGAAAUAAGUUGCAGUAUAGUGUUUUAACCUGUACACCCCCCAGUUAAGUGGACAAUAGCCAAGUGACUUACACCAUGAAUUAAUUAGCAGGUUAAAAAGUUUGCGUGUGUUCAGCUGGAUGUCAACACUGAAACAAUCACAUCCACAUCCUGAAUGAUGACAUUCCAAACAUGCAGCAAGUUACCAACCAGCUUAAGCUAUGAGACGGCUGGCCAAUGGGGCUUUAUUUCCUGUUUCCCAGCACUGCUACGUACAGGGUUUUUUCACACUGCUGCAUGAUUUAAGUUACUCCCACAGUCGUGCACAGGAAAAACAAGAACAUUUGCUGCUUCAUGUCAAGAACAAUACAGAGGCAGUUAGUGUGCUCUGAAGUGAGUUUAACUAGGCACGUUAAAUUAUGUUGUUUAGUUGCCGGUGGAAUCAUUAAGGACUUCAACCUGAGGACAGCUGUUUUGAACUCUGGAUUUACAAUAUUGUACAUGACACACUGCUUGUCAUGUCUCUCCCAGAGGAGGAUCUUACAUGCCCAAUAUGCUGUGACAUCUUUACAGACCCUGUCUUGCUGUCAUGUAGCCACAGCUUCUGUAGGAGCUGCCUGAAGCGCUGCUGGGACACAGGGCUACGUGAAUGUCCAGUAUGCAGGAAAAGAGCCUCCAAGUCCAGCGCUCCCUCCAAUUUGGCUCUGAAAAAUGUCUGUGAAGCUGUUUUGCAGGUCAGGAGACAGAGUUCACUGCUGGAGGAAGAGAACAUCAACUGUAAUCUGCACGGGGAGAAGUUCAAACUCUUCUGUCUGGUUGACAAGCAGCCCAUCUGUGUGGUGUGUCAGUCUUCCAAACUGCACAAGACUCACGACUGCUCGCCUAUCGAAGAGGCAUUGCUGGACUGCAAGGAUGAACUUUGUUUAUCCCUCAAGAGCUUGCAAGAUAAACUGGACACACUCAAAAGAAUUAACAUAAUGUCUGUGGACAUGGUCAAAUACAUCAAGAGUCAGGCGCUGGACACACAGAGAUUGAUCAAGAGCCAGUUCGAGCAGCUCCAUCAAAUCCUCUACCGAGAAGAGUCAGCCGUAAUUGCAAGUGUGAAAAAAGAAGAAGAAGAGAAGCUCGCGGGAAUGAAGGAUAAGAUUAAAGAACUUUCCGCAGAAGUACUGUCCCUCACAGAGACCAUAUCUGUCAUACAGGAGCAGCUCAAAGAAGAUGAUAUGGUCUUGCUGAAGAAUUUUAAAGCUACUCAGGACAGAGGAAAAAGCAUCACGCUUGGUUCAGACAACAUGUCUGGGCUACUGAUUGAUGUGACCAAGCAUCUCAGCAACCUCAAGUAUAGAGUCUGGGAGAAAAUGCUGGACCACAUUGACUAUACUCCAGUGACUUUGGACCCAAACACAGCACACCCCUGCCUCAUCCUGUCUGACGACCUCACUUCCCUCCACUAUUCAAAGAAGCCUAGCUGUUGCCCUGACAACCCAGAGCGCUUCCACAUAAGCGCUGAAGUGGUAGGGAUGACCGCGCUGGGCUCAGGAAGUCACCACUGGGUCGUGGAAACAGGAAGUAAUCAGGACUGGCUCCUAGGUGUGGCCUAUUUGUCUGUAAGUAGGGACGCUGAGAUCUCUGCUCGGCCAGAGAAUGGCUUCUGGACUUUGUGUUUCCGGGAAGGAGAGUUCAGGGCAAUGACCUCGCCACCCACCUCACUGACAGUUACAAAAACGCCCAAACAAGUCAAAGUGCAACUGGAUUACAACAAAGGGAUGGUGUCUUUUUUUGACCCUGCUGAUGACACACUCAUUUAUGCAUUUACACACACAUUCACGGAAACUUUACUUCCAUAUUUUUAUACACAGAGCAGUCAUCCGUUGAGAAUAAUGCCGGAGAAGGUGCUUAUCACAAUGUUGCGUCAAUAAGUGGAUAAAAGUUGGUGUUUGUAGAUUAGCCUGUAAUCUGUAAUUGUAAUUUCUCCCUCAGAGGUCAAGUAUUCUCUAUCCAAGUCAUUUUGCAGCUUCAAAAACAUGUUACAUUGGUUUUUGUUACCUCUUUGCUUAGAGUUAAAUAAGAUUUAUACCACUCACGUCUGUAUGAUAAAUAUGAAGCUAUCAGGAGGAGCCAGUUAGUUUAGCUUAGUGUAGCAUAAAGAAUGAAAACAAGGAAAACAGCUAGCCUGGCUGUUGUUUGUUUAAAUUAUACAAAAGCAAAAGGGUAAAACCUUGAGACAGAGUCAGGCUGCUAAGCUAACUGGCUGCUGGCUCCUACCACAUACGCUACAUAUCAGACAAACAUGAGAGUGGAAUCAAUCUUCUUAUCAAGGUUAUGAGGAUAUAUGGUGUUUUAUGCUAUGUGGUUUACUGUAGCCUAUUGUAGAGCUAUUCCUUUAACAGCAAUGUUCAGAUAGUCACAUCCCUGAAUAAACCAUUAAUGGUUACUACUGUAUACGAUAACUAUUCUGUGUAGUGUAAGUGGCAAGUGGGGCUCAUCCAAUCAUUUUUUUCUGUCAUACUUCCUUAAGUGUUUCAUUAUGAAAUGUUCUUACUUUUAAAACAAGCUGUUGAGUUAAGUUUGCAUACAAAUCAGGGAUAAUUCCUAAAUUGCUCAUAUAAGUGGCUAAAUAUACGUUACUCUUUGUGGUGGAUGAGGAGAGAGCUCAGUUGUAUUUAAUGAAAAUGUUUGAAUAAAUAUAAAGACGUUUA